AUUGAAAAUUCUGGGCAACUUGGCGGAAUGAAAGAGGAGAGCGAAACAGAUUUUUUUAAGAGAGAGAAAAGAGAGAAAGAAACACCACACAAGAGACGAGCAUCAUUGGAGACUAUGACAUGCACACACACAUAUAUAGUAUUAUCCAAAUCAAGCCAAUUUUGAAAAAUUAGGGUUUUGGGUACCUCUCUUCUCUGCUCUCGCUGUUGCUUCUGUCUACUUUCUCUCUCUAGGAGGUGUGUGUUGAAUUGAAGGAGUCUCUCUCUCUGAUCGGAAGAGGGAAAUGAAUAUGAUGACAAUGGAGGGCAUGAUGGACAAGUCGGUGUUGGAUGAUAUAAUACGGAGGCUGUUAGAGGGUAAAGGGGGAAAACAGGUACAGCUGUCGGAAGGUGAGAUCCGUCAGCUCUGUGUCAACGCUCGCCAAAUCUUUCUUUCUCAGCCCAUUCUUCUUCAGCUUCAUGCACCCAUCAGAAUCUGUGGUGAUAUACAUGGACAAUACCAGGACCUAUUGAGGCUUUUUGAAUAUGGUGGGUACCCUCCUGCCGCAACAUAUCUCUUUCUUGGGGAUUACGUAGAUCGAGGCAAGCAAAGUUUGGAAACCAUAUGUUUGCUACUGGCCUAUAAAAUAAGAUAUCCCAACAAAAUUUUUCUUCUGAGGGGAAACCACGAAGAUGCAAAAAUCAAUAGGAUAUAUGGUUUUUAUGAUGAAUGUAAAAGAAGAUUUAAUGUCCGGCUUUGGAAGAUAUUCACCGACUGCUUUAACUAUUUGCCUGUUGCUGCACUCAUUGAUGAAAAGAUACUUUGUAUGCAUGGGGGACUUUCUCCACACUUGCAAAAUUUGGAUCAAAUAAAGGAAAUUCAGAGGCCCACAGACAUUCCAGAUAGUGGUCUCCUAUGUGAUCUGCUCUGGUCUGAUCCUAAUCCUAGUAUUAACGGAUGGUCAGAUAGUGAUCGAGGUGUGUCAUGUACAUUUGGAGCUGAUAAAGUUGCGGAGUUUUUGGAGAAGCAUGAUCUAGACCUCAUUUGCCGUGCCCAUCAGGUGGUGGAGGAUGGAUAUGAGUUCUUUGCUCAACGUAGACUUGUGACGAUUUUUUCUGCGCCUAACUAUGGUGGAGAGUUUGACAAUGCAGGCGCGCUGUUGAGUGUUGACAAAUCUCUGGUAUGCUCUUUCAUGAUAUUGAAACCAGAGGAAUAUAAACAACCAGGCAGUUCUAAGUUACUUUUUAAGAAGCCCCCUAAAUUUGGAACGGCCUGAUACAUGAAAAGUGUGUGGAGUUUUCUCUCAGUAAAUAGUGAAGGACAGCAAGAUUCAUGCUAUGCGAAUCUCUGUUAAUAGAGACGGGGAGAAUCGGCCUUUUCAACCCAUGUCAGUUAGAUCUGUGUGAUAUUUGAAGCUUGCAGAUAAUUUAGAUUCAAUGGUGAUAACCAAGAAGAUCUGUAAAUCAGCAAAACAUGGUCUCUUCUGUGCAGAAACUGAGAAUUUUUUUCGCUUUGGUUGCUUUAUACACUGCCUGUUUACUUUACCCGAUAAGUGGCAUUGAUAUCUGAUGGUGCUGACUCAGGAAAAGUUGGCCAUGAUUUUUGAUAGUUUCUUGUGUGUGUCAGUUGUGAUCCUUACUCUUUGUCAUCCGGAGCUGUUUGUGUAUCCGAUCGUGUGUACCAUUAUGUGCUGUAUUGACAACCCUUCCGAGUUGCUUGAAAUAACUUCCAGAUGAA